UCUGGGCUGAGGGGAGGCCCGGAGCCUUUCUGGGGCCUGGGGGAUCCUCUUGCACUGGUGGGUGGAGAGAAGUGCCUGCAGCCAACCAGGGUCAGGCUGUGCUCACAAUUUCCUCCAGCGGCAUGUAAAGCCUCCACAAAGGAGUUGGGAGUUCAAAUGAGGCUGCUGCAGUCGGCCUGAGGAUGGACCCCAAGCCCUGAGCAGCACUGCCCAAGGCCAGACCUGCAGAGCAUGGCACCAAGGUGGCCGCCUGCCCCGCAGUGAGGGAAAGCAGAUUGAGAGCAGCCCUGGGGCACCCCGCUGGCCCCCGCCCCAUCCUCGUUGGAGCCGGCUGCAAGUCAGAGCCAACAGAGGCCAGUGAGCAGGGCUGCCGGGCCGCCAGCUCGGCCUGUGACUUGGGACCUCUCCUGGAGGCCAUGGACAAGCUGCCCCGCUGACGCCACAGUGCAGCAUGUGAGGAGCGGCCCCAGGAGCCACACAGGAGGGAAGAGGGUUUCAUAGAAUCCAUUCACAAAGAAUAACCACCACAUUGCAAGGACCAUGAGGCCACUGUGUAUCACGUGCUGGUGGCUGGGACUGCUGGCCACCCUGGGAGUUGCUGCAGGCCCCGAGGAUGGUUUUGAAGGCACAGAGGAGGGCUCACAGAGAGAGUUCAUUUACCUCAACAGGUACAAGCGGGCGGGCGAAUCCCAGGACAAGUGCACCUACACCUUCAUCGUUCCCCAGCAGCGGGUCACAGGCGCCAUCUGCGUCAACUCCAAGGAGCCAGAGGUGCUCCUGGAGAACCGCGUGCACAAGCAGGAGCUGGAGCUGCUCAACAGCGAGUUGCUCAAGCAGAAGCGGCAGAUUGAGACCCUGCAGCAGCUGGUGGAGGUAGACGGCGGCAUCGUGAGCGAGGUGAAGCUGCUGCGCAAGGAAAGCCGCAACAUGAACUCACGUGUCACGCAGCUCUACAUGCAGCUCCUGCAUGAGAUCAUCCGCAAGCGGGACAACGCACUGGAGCUCUCCCAGCUGGAGAACAGGAUCCUGAACCAGACGGCUGACAUGCUGCAGCUGGCCAGCAAGUAUAAGGACCUGGAGCACAAGUACCAGCACCUGGCCACACUGGCCCACAACCAGUCAGAGGUCAUUGCUCAGCUUGAGGAGCACUGCCAGAGGGUGCCCGUAGCCAGGCCUGUACCCCAGCCGCCUCCUGCCACCCCACCCCGGGUCUACCAGCCACCCACCUACAACCGUAUCAUCAACCAGAUCUCUACCAACGAGAUCCAGAGUGACCAGAACCUGAAGGUGCUGCCACCACCUCUGCCCACCAUGCCUGCCCUCACCAGCCUUCCAUCCUCCACUGACAAGCCAUCAGGCCCAUGGAGAGACUGCCUGCAGGCCCUGGAAGAUGGCCAUGACACCAGCUCCAUCUACCUGGUAAAGCCUGAGAACACCAACCGCCUCAUGCAGGUGUGGUGUGACCAGAGACAUGACCCCGGGGGCUGGACUGUCAUCCAGAGGCGCCUGGAUGGCUCCGUCAACUUCUUCAGGAACUGGGAGACAUACAAGCAAGGGUUUGGGAACAUUGAUGGAGAGUACUGGCUGGGCCUGGAGAACAUUUACUGGCUGACAAACCAAGGCAACUACAAACUGCUGGUGACCAUGGAGGACUGGUCCGGCCGCAAGGUCUUUGCAGAAUAUGCCAGCUUCCGCCUGGAGCCAGAGAGCGAGUAUUAUAAGCUGCGGCUGGGGCGCUACCAUGGCAAUGCGGGUGACUCCUUCACCUGGCACAAUGGCAAGCAGUUCACCACCCUGGACAGAGAUCAUGAUGUCUACACAGGAAACUGUGCCCACUACCAAAAGGGAGGCUGGUGGUAUAAUGCCUGUGCCCACUCCAACCUCAACGGGGUCUGGUACCGCGGGGGCCAUUACCGGAGCCGCUACCAGGAUGGAGUCUACUGGGCUGAGUUCCGAGGAGGCUCCUACUCACUCAAGAAGGUGGUGAUGAUGAUCCGGCCCAACCCCAACACCUUCCACUAAGCCGCUCCCCUCUGGAUCUCCCGUGGCCAUCAGCAGGAGCCUGCCCAGCAUGCAGCCCCAGCACAAUGAGCAACUACUCACCAGCUCAUCCUGGGCUGUAAGGACUGAGAGCUGGAUUCUGUUUUUUGAAGUCACUGUGUCAGAUAAUGAAACUGGACUGGUACUGUGUUCUCUGUCCCUCCUCUACUUUCCUUCAAAUCAGACAGCCCCUCAUGUUUCUAGGACAGGACUGCAGACAACUCUUUCUUUAAAUAAAUUAUCCCUACAAUAAAACACCAUUGCAAAAUACCUUCACGAUAUACAUGUGCAUGAGCCUCUCCAUGCACUUAAGUGUAUGCCACAUGUAUAUGCAUUACAUACUAUCACAUGUGAUAUGUCUAGAUACACAUAUGGGUUUGCUAUAUAUACACCGAAAUGCACUCCAACUCUGACAUUAAAGUUGUCCCCAACUUUGCUCUUUGAAGGAAAACAUUUCCUUGAUGCUGUGUUUCUGGAGCCUAAGGGCAGAUCAUAGGCUGUGUAGGCCCGAUUCAAAGACUAAUCCUCGGUGUUGGCGCACCUGGAUUCUUCCAGGAAGGUCCACAAGGCUCAUCUCUCACAUAGGGGUUCCUGUCUCCCUCUCUUAAGAACCCCCUUGGGCACCUACUCAAAUUUCAAAAAUCAUUUCUGUUUUUAUGCUUUCUCUGUUCUCAGGAUUGUCACCACCUUCUACCCAGUUAUUCACUCACCCAGCGCCCUCUGUGUCAGUCCCCUGCUGCCUACACAUUCAAGGCGCCCUUUCUCUUUACCCCUUGCCCAUCCUUUUCUACCACAAGACCUUUCCUUCCAGGCAAGAGUCCGCCACCUCUGAGUAGGAACAGUCUGGGCGCAGGUUCUGGCCAGGGAAGGGAAGGCCAGGCCCAAAGCUACACUGGCGGCCAUGUAGAUUGUAUAUUCAGUUCUGUAUCUUCCGCUCAUACUUUAGCCUCCAUGUCAUUUUAACCUUCACACAAUAGUAGCCCCUACCUUGCCAGAGACACUCAGCUGAAGAGACGUCAUCACUAAUGUGCUGGGGCCCCCAGAUGGCUACAGACUGGAGAUCCCAUGCUCAGGUGGACCAGAGUCUGCACCUCAUCCCCCAACUACGCUUCUCUGGAGGACAGGGGCCACCAGACUCCUUGGUUGGUGCGCUGCAUCAUGGCGGCUUCCUGAAUUCUGCCAGACUCAGUACUACCGGGACGACUGCCAAGCCAGGGGCAAGAGAUGAGUCAGGAAGGUGAGACCCUCCCCGGUGGGCACAUGGGUCAGGCAUGCGAGAUGUGGGGCUUUUGGUACUGUCCACGUCUGGGUGCGUGCCUAUUACCUCAGCAGUUCUCACAAGUGUACCAUGUAGCAUGUUUUGUGUAUAUAAAAGGGAGGGUUUUUUAAUAUAUUCCCAGAUUAUCCUUGUAAUGACACAAAUCUGCAAUAAAAGCCAUCAGUGCUAUAUGAUGCA